AUGGAAGACGGCCAAGCCACCGCAAAAUGGGCAAACCGUGUCCUGCGCCCCUUGACCUCCAUAUGCCGUCGAAUCGCAAAGCACAAAGAAACGCAGUCGAUGAUCGCGACCGAGUCGGAACCACAAGAAACUGCAGAGGGCAGUGAUGUGCCUACUUUGGAAACCGAUCACAAACAAGGCCAGCAAAACUGCUCAGGUUCAGAUGCGGAUGAAAACGACCCAGCUUGGAUUCCAGGGAAAAAGCCCGAGCGACGUCGACCCAGACACAAGUAUUCGUCCAAAGUAGAGGAGAUUGGAGGCAAAAAACGCAACAGGCUAUCAAUACACAGCCCGGAAGCCCCACGUACCCUACCUGGUGCGAUUGAGGUCGCCACACCACUCAUCACUGGGAGGAGAUGGGAGAUGCCACCGAGUGCACAGUCGGAACGCAACUCCAAUAUCCAACCAUCACAGCCGCAAGUCUUCCGUGAUCGAUAUUCGCUCCACAAGAGCCCUUGGCAAGAACUUCUCGACCAGUCUGGUGAUCCGGGCUUCGCCGACAUAGCACACAACCUCGAUCGUGUCUUCCAAAAUUUCCUUUGCAACACUGUGAUAUCCAAACAAGAAGAGAAGCCUGUAUCUGAAAGCAGCAGGCGCGGUGCACGAUCCUUGCUGUUUAUGGUUGCGCGAAGUCUACCUCAAUUUAUUGCGAGCGAGCAGGAAGCACAGGACGAAUUGGACGGGGACGGGGACGAAGACAUGUGCGAUGCAUAUUUUACAGAAUUGGAAGCAUUUUAUGCGCCUUGUGGGACAGGUUGGAAGCCUCUCCGCGAAGCUGUCCGCGCACAGGGUGUCUACUUGGUCUCUACCUUGAUACAGAAUCAUUGGAUAACAGAUUCAAUUGCCUGCGCGCUGAUUGAGAAAUGUCAUUCCUUUGCGCCCGAAGAAAGUAACUCAUUGCUCUCUACAUUGCUUUCUACACGCAAAAAUUACCCUUACCCCCAGGCUUUAAGGCCGGCGGUUGACCAUGACCCUUCGGAUCCGAUUCGACUGUUACGCAAAUAUGCUCAUCAUGGCGUUGCCAGUCGCUCUUAUAUUUUCGACGAACUUGCAAAGCUUCUCUUGCGAGGAGUGCUAUCCCCAGAAUGGAUGGGAACCAAGUUAUGGACUAGCUGGAUGACACGAGCAACGAUAUCCCUUUCGAAAGAGGAUGAAGACUGUCCCGCAGCUACACGGUUGAUUGAAGCUGUGAUUCUCUCAGCUAGUGAUGUCCGCCCCGUCACUGCUGCUCAGAGUCCUACCUCAAAGUUCCCCGUGAAGGGAAAGACUGCUCGUCCUCGUGCUCGUGCGACCAGGGCUGCCUCCACCACAGCGUGGGAAAUCUCAAAUUUUGCGCGGCCUUGUCCCUUGCAGGUGGAGGAUGCAUUGAGCAAUCACGUCAUAAGCCUCAUGGCAGCGCUCUGCGGCAUGCAUAUUUCACGGUCUCGCGCCUCCAAUGACACUGAUAAUGCGGAUGGAACGAAGGCUAGCUAUAUUACAAGCUAUCUCCACAUUGCUCUGCAGCGAGAACUGGGUUCAAAUCCCGUCCCACAGCGGGCUAACCACACUCCUCAUCAAUUGUUACGCCGUGGCUGUAUCCUGUUGGCCACCAGCCUUGUAAAGUGCAACGACAAACUUUUAUUGGAUAAUGACCAUUAUGUGAUGGCGUCAACAGCCAGUAUUGAUGAAUGCGCGGAGAUUAUAGUCUCUGACUCUGGCAUGAUUAGAGAGUUAGCGUUGUUUGUGCACCAAGCGUUUCGCGGCCUCAAACAAAGUGCAGAACAUGCAACCGAACAUACUAGCAGCGAAAUACGUGCCAUGGUUUCGCAACUUGCCCAAUUAGCCGAUACACCAGCCUUGUCUGCCUUCCUUGGGCGAGUGGCCGCAGAAGCCGCCAUGGAGUUUGCGGAAGCUACGGGAGAUCCCGAUGACCACAUGUGGGCCGUCGACGUUCAAGAGGCGGCCGUAACAAAACAGCGUCAGGAAGACACUGCCCAAAGGUCCCUAGAAGAAGCCGAGGAGUCUAGCGAGAAUACGGGCCUGUUUCGGUGGGAAGAUAGCAUAAGCGAGUGGGUGGCAUCUACGCCGGCGACGAAGGGAAAGCCCAUCCUAGUGCAAAAGGCCCGAAGACCCAUGCGCAUGCUAUCAAGCCCCGUGCCCUGUAUCGCUUCCGUUAUAGACACAGGCAGCAGCUCACCUGGGUCUGAUCGAUUCCAAGACACUGUUUCAAGUUUGACUUCAUCUCCUCCACUGAUGGCGUCUAAGCGAACUUUCGAGGACACCGAGGUUUCAUCCAAACGGCCGAGAAAACGCCAACGACCCACCCCCAUGGUUGUAGUUGACAGGGGUGGAAACAAUCCCGAAAUACGCUCUCCUACCCCGACUAAAUCCAAUUCUACUGUGGAGCCAGUCACUCGUCGAGGCAUCCUGCGAGAGCGCAGCACCAAUCUGACUGGACGGACGACCUCCGCAACACAACAGGCACGAAAGGUUGAAGUCGUGAUCAUUAAUCACAAAGCAAGCAGCCCUUGCCAGCCUGUGGUUCGGCCAACUUUGGAGCGUGCUGCAAAUCAGGUGUAUCGCACAGUAGAGAGGCGAAGGUCUACGCGCCCUUCGGUUUCAACCAUGCGUCAUAAUGUUGAGCCGCCGAUACCUCGACAAACGGCCAUUCCAUGUUAUCGGGAUGAUGAUAGUGACGAUGAGCUCAGCUUUUUCUGA